GUCGGCUGGUCCCCACUACGGGGCUGCGUUUUAGAUUAGGGUCGCCUUGGACGUCUGUGUCUGACCUGUUGGCCUGGGAUGGACCAGCAGGACAAAGCGGCCACAGUGGUGAUUGCCUCGCGGCCUCAAGCAACACAACUUCAGGGGAAACAAGCGCUAUCGCUCAUCCUCUGAGCCUGGGUCCGAAUCUAGUUCCCCUCGUCUACAAUGUGCUUGCUUCAGUCUCCUGUCUCCGUGCCAUGGGGUCGAGGGGGAAGGAGGUGGUCAUUUCCCAAAGAACAGAACAGGCCCCGCUCAGGGUUUCGACCCCGCUCCAGCCAACGCCCUCCCAUUCAUCCAGAGAGACGUUUCUUGGAAAUGACAGGUGACUGGCUAGCGAUACAGAGCAACCACAUGCGGGUACGGUCCUCAGAACUGUCCUGAAGCUCGGAGUCAACAGACUUUUGGGGAAACCUACGCAUCAUGAACCCCUAUUUUGCAAGUAAGGCAUAACUUCGCAGGACAGAGGCACCAAGUUAGUAAAACUGGAGGGUCCCACUCUUCGGGGCCUUGGGGAAACUAUGGAGCCAGUGACUUUCCGAGAUGUGGCUGUGGACUUUACGCAAGAGGAGUGGGGACAGCUGGACCCUACCCAGAGGACUCUGUAUCGUGAUGUGAUGCUGGAGACCUUUGGGCACCUUCUCUCUGUGGGUCCUGAUCUUCCCAAACCUGCAGUUAUCUCCCAGCUGGAACAAGGUGCUGAGCUGUGGGUGGCAGACAGAGGAGGCUCCCAGGCCUGCCAUCCAGGUUGGAUUCUUGAACCUGAAGACCACACACUGCUCAAGGACCAGGACCUCCCAAAAAUGAAACCAUCCCCCAUUACAGAAAAGGAUGGGUUUGCAAAGGCUGUUUCUUGUCAUUCUAUGACAGGGAUAUAUCGGGAAAAUGAUGGCCAGAGGCAGGCACUCAAGAAGGACCAGAGUAACUUAAGGCAGUUGAAUGGCCCCAAAGAGAUACCAGUUCAAAGUCAAAGCUAUAAAAGCCUUGGACUUGUAGAAACCUGUGUUCUUGGCUUAAACACAGAUCUAUUACCAGAUAUUUCUAGAAUAGAGUAUGGCUAUACUUAUGGCUCACAAGUUAAAAAUUCAGAACAUAACCCAAGCUUAGUCAGUCAACAGACAGACUCCCCAGCAUCACAGCCUUUUGAUGACAAUGGCAGUCAAAAAGCCUUUGAUCAGAUUAUGCCCAUUACAGAACUCACAAAAAGUCAAGUGCAAGAUAAACCCUAUAAGUGUACUGACUGUGGGAAGUCAUUUAACCAUAAUGCACAUCUUACAGUGCACAAGAGAAUCCAUACGGGAGAAAGACCUUACAUGUGCAAAGAGUGUGGGAAAGCCUUCAGCCAAAACUCUUCCCUUGUUCAACAUGAGCGAAUCCACACCGGAGACAAACCUUAUAAGUGUGAUGAAUGUGGAAAAUCUUUUUGCCACAGUACACACCUUACAGUCCAUAGGAGAAUUCACACUGGAGAGAAACCCUAUGAGUGUCAGGACUGUGGAAGGGCCUUCAAUCAGAAUUCAUCCCUGGGUCGACACAAGAGGACACACACUGGGGAGAAGCCUUAUACCUGCAGCGUUUGUGGGAAAUCCUUCUCCCGGACCACUUGCCUCUUCCUGCACCUGAGGACUCACACUGAGGAAAGGCCAUAUGAGUGUAAUCACUGUGGAAAGGGCUUCAGGCACAGUUCUUCCCUGGCCCAGCAUCAGCGGAAGCAUGCUGGUGAGAAACCCUAUGAGUGCCGACAGAGGCUGAUCUUUGAGCAGGCACCAGCUUUAACAAAGCUCGAGUGGACAGAACCCCUCAGCUGUGACCCACCAUUAAGUCAAAGUGAAAGGACUCAACAGAGCGAUAGGCCCUUUAAAUGUAAUCAGUGUGGAAAGUGUUUCAUUCAGAGUUCUCACCUCAUCCGACAUCAGAUAACCCACAACAGAGAGGAAGAACCAGUACGUGGACGUAGCCGAAGACGGGAACAACACUGUAGACCAGGCUCAAAACUCAUCCGGAAUCCACACUCAAAUUCAAAAGAGGUUCCAAUAGCCCAGGCAAAGGCAGGACAAGCAAGCAGAGCCCUGGCCUUGUUUGACCUUCAUGAAAUUAUGCAGGAGAAAAACUCUGUGCAUGUUAUUGGGGUAGAAGAACCUUCAGUGGGCAAUUCCAUGCUGUUUGACAUCAGAGAAUCUAGAUAGAGAGAUGAUUUUUUAGAUAACUUUUGAGUUACCAGGCACAAACAUUACAUCCACAGUGUAUGGGUGGCAAGAGAAGAUGGCUUAAUGUCAGUAGUGACCUCUGACUUUGUAAGGAAGUGGUGCCUCCCACACAGUUGAGGUUGGUGUUUCUCAAAUGUAUCAAACUCAGUUCCUGUUUAAGGACAGCCUCUUUGUUUGUUUUCUGAGACAAGGUCUCAUGUGGCCCAAGCUGGCCUCAAACUCACUAUAUAUCCAAGGAUGACCCUGAAUUUUCUGAUCCUUCUGUCUUCAUUCACCUCCCUAAUUCUGGGAUUGUGGCUAAAUGCCACUAAACCCAGCAACAACAGACACCUUGAGAUAUCUUCUCCAUUAUCCCAAAAUGAGUUUACCAGUAAUAAAAACCUCUGCACAGGCAUAGUUUGGAAAUAACACAUGACCCCUGUUGUGUGUUAUUUUAAAAAGCAAGCUUCUGCCUUUGCCCGGGACUGUGGCCCUUGAUCCUGGUUUAGCUCCAAGAUCGGCUGCUCCCAGUCCCACUCCCCAUUUGUCUGUUCCUCCCAGCUUAGCUUCACCAAUGGCCAGCUACUGCCUUUCCUGGGAGCUGCAAUCGUUCCCCCAAGUUCUUUGUAAAGGAUAGUUAAAGUAAUUUAUGGUGUACUGUGUUAGUGUGGUAUCUUACCAUGUCCCGUGUGGGCCCAUUUGACCAGGAGAUCAUGGUCUGAAACUUUCAGACUGGUUCAAGGUAUACUGCUGUCUACAAAUAAUACCAUAAAGGACUUUAUCAUGCCAAAGUGAUAUUGCAAAAUAGUAAUGAAUUCUUAUAAAAGUUUGAACAAAUCAAAAUACUAUUGUAUUUGUGGGAAACUCUGCCCAAAUUCCAAAUGUACACAAAGUAGUGUUUGUUUCUGUGUGGCUCAGUUCUGCACUUGACAGUCAUUGCAGCAUGCUUGACUCUUGUCCUGUUUCAGUACAUCAUCUGACAGAGAAGCACCCACAUAAUUCUACAGCAUCCUCUAAAGGAGUCACAGCUCCUAUGGAAACCACUAUCUUGAAAUAUCUAGAGUUGUUGUUAAUCAGAGGUAUCCACUUGCAAUAAUUUGUCCUCAGAGGACAUUUGGUAAUGUAUGGAGUCAUUUUUGUCCCUGCAAGUUGAAAGAUGCUACUGGUAUCUGGGUAGAGGCCAAGGAUACUACUCAACAUACUUAAGUGUCCAGGGUAGCUCUUCAAAGAAUUUUCUAGUCCAAAUAUAUCAAUAAUAUCAACAUGGAAAAGCCCUGAUAUAAACUCAACCCAGGGGAUUGGGGUGUGGCUCAGUAAUAGAACAUUAGCCUGGCAUGUAAAAGGCCCUAAGUUCAGUCCCCAAAUAACUCACCUUUUCUAAACUAAAUUGAUUGAACAAUGCUUUAUUAACAGUCA